ACCAAGUCCGUUAACCAGAGCAUCUUCGACUUUGUCCGCGAGAAUGGCAGGACCUACCACCGCUACCAGGCUGGAUCAUACAUGUUCCCCAACGAUUCGUACGAGACUGAAAGGCUAGACCUGCAAUACGAGAUCUUAAAGGUUCUGUUCAAAGGCCGCAAUUUCUAUGCGCCGUUGAAGAACCCAAAGAGGAUACUGGAUAUCGGCACUGGAACGGGCAAGUGGGCUAUAGAAAUGGGUGCCUGUAAGAGUUUACCCCCCACAGCUUUAACGCGCGCUCAGGUCACGGGAACGGAUUUAUCUCCUAUUCAACCGGAAUGGGUUCCGAACAACGUCAAGUUUGUUAUCGACGACGCAAACGAGGAGGAUUGGAUGUUGGAUCCUCUCGACUACAUCCACACCCGCAUUUUGGCCGGCUCUUUCGAGGAUUUCCGGGAGAUCAUCGCCAAGUCGUUCCGCAAUCUAAAGCCAGGAGGGUGGAUGGAAUCGCAAGAGUAUAUGCCCACAGUUUACUGCGAUGAUGGGACCAUGAGUCCCGACUAUGCCUUUGCAGAAUGGACGCAGACCCUCGAUAAAGCCGCCAUGACACUCGGGCGACCGCUCCGUACCGCAAAUAAGCUAAAGCGCUGGUAUGAGCAAGCUGGCUUCGUGGAUGUCCAUGAGGAAGUCUACAAGCUUCCCAUCAACUCGUGGCCAAAGGAUCCCCAAUGGAAGAUGCUGGGUCGCUUCAACGAGACCAAUCUUCUAGAUGGCCUGCAGGCAUUCAGUCUUCAGCCAUUCCAGAAAGGAUUGGGUUGGACAAAGGACGAGAUCGAAGUCUAUCUAGUCCAUGUUAGAAAGGCCCUCUCAGAUCGCAAUGUGCAUGCGUACCAUAAGAUAUAUGUUGUUUGGGGAAGAAAGCCU